AAAGAAAAAGAAAAUAAAAUAAAAAGAAAAAAAAGAAAAAUUAUGAUGCUGAAUAUAGGACAGAGAGAAAAGGAGGGGAAUUUAAUCGAAUUGGAAUAUAUUUCUACGAUUUCACUAUUGAUUCCUUCAUAACUUAUCUAUCCAGCAUUGCUUUCAGGAUCUCUUUUUUCUUUUUAUAAAUCCUUUUUCCUCUCUUCAAUUUCAUCGAAACUGACUUUGAUCACAUCCUUUCUCUCUUUUUCUUUAUUUUUUUCUGAAUUUUUCCCAUUCUAAAUCACCUCCUAAGUUGUAUUUGAUUCCUUGAUUUCGGUUUGAUUGUGGAUUCGAAGUUAAACAGAGUAAGGAGGAGAAGAAGAAGAAGAAGAAGAAGAAAUCGAGACUAGUUUUUAUAGGAAAUUUGUGUCACCGAUGCCAGAUAACAGUAAUAAUAACAAUAGUAAUAGGCAGGUUAAGAGCAAUGCUGUGCCAAAUCAAUCUCCUGAUAAUAUUGAAGAUGCAAUUUGGCGGUUGAAAAUCCACGAUAAUCAAGAGCAAGGUGGUAUGGCUCCAUCAAGUACAUACCCAGAUCGUCCUGGUGAACCAGAUUGCGUGUAUUAUCUAAGGACUGGAUUAUGUGGUUAUGGAAGUAACUGUCGUUUUAAUCAUCCUCCUGCUGCGCAGGGUACUCAAUUUAGAGAGGAACUUCCGGAAAGAGCUGGACAACCUGACUGUGGGUACUAUUUAAAGACAGGGACCUGCAAAUAUGGUUCAACAUGUAAAUAUCAUCAUCCAAGGGACAGGAAUGGUGCAGGGCCUGUCUCAUUUAACAUUCUUGGUCUUCCUAUGCGCCAGGAUGAAAAAUCAUGUCCUUAUUACUUGCGAACUGGAUCAUGUAAAUUUGGAGUUGCAUGUAAGUUUCACCAUCCCCAGCCUGCACCACUUGGAGCUGGGUUGCCUUUGACUGAACCUGCUGGAUCUGGGCCCAUGGGAUCGUCAACUGCACCUUCAUCAGGCCUGCCUUAUGUAGGUGGACUUCCAACUUGGUCAUUAGUAAGAGCACCAUAUGUGUCUGGCCCUCGUCUGCAGGGUCCACAGGCAUAUAUGCCUGUUGUUCUUUCUCCUACUCAGGGUGUUUUUCCAGCACAAGGCUGGAACACCUAUGUGGGAAACUUGAGCCCCAUGUCCUCUGCCAGUGUUUUGGGAUCCAAUCUUGUUUACAACUCUAGGAAUCAAGGUGACUCAGGAUCUAGAUCAACAACCAACACUAAUCUCCCCGAGAGACCUGAUCAACCUGAAUGUCGGUAUUUUAUGAACAAUGGGACCUGCAAAUAUGGAUCUGACUGCAAGUACCAUCACCCAAAAGAAAGAAUUGCACAAAUAGCAACAAAUCCUGUUGGCCCAGCUGGUCUUCCCUCAAGACCUGGGCAACCUAUAUGUUCAAAUUACAGUAUGUAUGGAAUUUGCAAAUUUGGUCCAACUUGUAGAUUUGAUCACCCUUUCCCUGGAUAUACUUAUAGCUACAGUUUGAGCUUGCAGCCUGUAUCUAUAUUUGAUUCCUCUCUCUUAACUUAUCCAAGAAUGUCGCCUCCAGCUCUUUCAUCUGAAAGUCCUGUCUCCUUGUCAUCCAAAUUCCCUGAUUGGGUCCAGAAUCCUGAUGGUGCAAGCAACAAGCAUCCAAAUUCAGAUACAAAUAUAAAGAUUUCUGAUGAUCAGCCUGAGCAGGCAGGUUCUCCACCGCCACAUUCCUCACAGGAUUCUUCAGAACCAUCACAUGAUUAAUUUUGAACUGGUUGAGAUUACUUCUUUCUGUUUUGUUGAUACUUUUUUACAUUGGUACCCUAAAAGGAGAUUUUUGUGACACGUACCUCCUGGCCCCCCUUUUCACCUGUGGUUCUGCAGAGUGUGAUAGGUUGUUUUGAAAUCAAAUAUGAGAAGCAAAAUCUGGGGGCACUGGAAGGCAUUUUUUUGUUGUGAAUAAAAUGCAGGUGAAAAUUUGUAAUAUUCCUUCCUUGAAUGUUCUCUCUUUACUUGAAUGAUAUCCAUUUGUGGUGAUAAAGAUUUUGGUAGAGUAUUAUGAUUUUUGUUUGCAAAA